UGCAAAUUAGUUCCCGAUACUCUACAGAUUGCUAUAUUCUUCUUAGCAAUUGAAGUGUAAAUAAACGAGACUCUAUAGACUAUCAAAGCUAUAUAAAACAGUAACAACACUAUUUCCAGAGUACAGAAUAGAAUUUUCUCUCAACAUCACAACAAGGUGUCGUAACUGGGCUACAAACAACACCAUGAGAUCAGUUUAUGUUCUGUUGUGGUUGUUCGCCAUUGGAGUUGUCCUUCUGGCUGAUGGGUGCAACACCGAAUGGCAGUUACCUAAUUUCUGUGAGAAAUGGGAGGAUAGGACAGGAUGCCCAAGAAUUUAUUCCCCGGUCUGUGCGGACGGCAAUCGACAGUUCCCCACUGACUGCGUCAUGUGCAAAAAGAUAAAAGAAGAAAGACUCAACAUCACCUCGUACACGGAUGGGCCAUGCUAGACUCCAAAGGUCGACUUAUAAGUUAUUCACACGGCAGCAAUAAACAGUGGUCCCUUGCUUAAUUUAAGCAGAUUUAAAAUCUAGCAAUUAUUGACAAGAUUUUACAAGGGGCCUUGGAUAUAAGUACACAAUAGUUAGUCCUUUCACACGAGGUACAUAUUGUAAAAUAGCACAACCAUGCUACAAUUUAGCAAGAGACCCUUGCUAAAUUGCUCUCGUGUGAAGGGUCAACACAAUGUAUUUGUAUUUAAAAUAAAAUAUAUAUAUACAACAUGUAUAUCAAAUUGCUUCGUGCAGAACAGAGCACUGGGCAUGAUCAGCAGUAAGAGUCUAUCACAUGAAGUAAAUCGACUCAUGUUCUCAGAAUAUUGAAAUGGAUUUCCUUGGAGAGCCAUACUGUUUCGGAUUCUUCCUACGUAGAGUUUGACCCUCUCCAUUAUUUUAGUGAAGCCAUCUUACAAUGUUUUCUCCCACAUUCAAAUUACAAUACAUUAAGAAGGCCCUGCGACGGGCGGUAACCUGUGCCCAAUUGUAUAAAGCCUGUAAGCACAAAAAAAACCUUGCUAAGCACAUGAAAAUAUUGCUUAUCAAAAACAGGUUGCCGGCCCGCAUUCCAAUAAAUUUACGUUGUUGUGACUGGUGUCCCACUCAUUUUUCGCUUGGCAUUAUUAAUUUGUUAAGCAUUAUUUUCUGCUAAACGGCUUUAUGAAGUUGGGCACUGUUGUUCUUGUUGGUAUCCGUUGGUUUCCGUGUGCAUUAUUACUGGUGUUGAAUUUAGGGUGGGAUUUUGGUGUUAAGGAUUUGAAACGUUUCAUGGUGGAAAACCGAUAUGGAAAGGUUUGUGGUAACACCACGUAAUGACCAUCUCUUUGGGUAAGGGUGCAUGGUUCUAAAAAGAACCGUUGGCUUCAACUUGACGUUUUCAACUUAUUGUUUCGAUCAGAAUGCUCUGAUCGUCUUCUGGAGAAAAAAUGCUAUUAUGAUAAGGUUAUCCGAUAAGGACAAGGCUAAGGGAAAGGAACGGGUAGUGGUAUUGGCAAUGUUAAGGUAAGAUUGAGGUUAAAGAUAAAGCCAGGGUACGGUCAAUAUGUAUAAGGCUAAAGUGGGGUAAGGUAAAGGGUACUGGGUGGAGAAAAGAUUAAGGGUAGGAUGAAGGGCAUACUGGGUGGAGGAAAGAUUAAGAGUAUAGGGUAAAUCCUUUAAAGGGUACUGGGUGGAGGAAAUUUUAAGGGUAAGGUUAAAGGAAAGGGUAAAGUCAAGUGCAGUGUAGGGGCAAGGUUAGGAAGGCUAAAGUAAAGGGUAAAUGAAAGGUAUACGGAGUGAAGGAAAUAGUGGGCGUAAAGGCAAGAGUGAAGCAAAGGGUUAAGAAGGCGAAGGGUUCAGGUAAAGGGUAUAAAGGGGUGCAGGAAAAUAAUGGUACGUGCAAAAGUUUGUGGGAUAAGGCGCAGAGGGUUAGUUUUAGGGUAAAUAGUAAAUCUAUGUUUAAAGGGCCAGCAGAAGAUGAAGGGUAUAAAUAGAGGGAUAAAGGGGAGGGAGGGAGAAAGGUUAAGACAAAGGUGUGUUAAGAACUAUUAUUUAUAAUUGCUUGAAUGUAUUGUACUCAACAACUAAUUCGGAACAUUCUAAUUGUCUUUUAAAUAUCAUUUAUCAAGUUGUGUUCCCCACUUCCCGUAUUUAAGACUAUUGGUUGACUGUGAAUGUAUUUCUCACUCAAUAAAUUUAAUUGCAUCGAUGCUUCACCAAAACAACUUCUGACGAGGAAAUUUUUUAUUGAUUUUGCACAAACAAAAAUUUGUUUUGUUUCAAUUUGCUGUAAAAUGAUUUCAUUAUGAAA